AUUUCGCGCAGAAACGCAAAGCCAACGUACCGUUCAGUCCAAUCCAUGGAUGAUGAGAGUCACGAGAGUUGCGAGAUUGCAUGCAAGACAGACAGACACACUGGGCCUCAUGUCUCUUUUGCUAUGUAUAUAUAUAUGUAUAUGUGAUCAUGAAGCUUUCAUGGUUUUGACUUACAGAAGUUUUCCCUCGUUUUCGAGGAAGAAAGAGAAGAAGAAUACGACUGAGAUGGGUGUUGAUGAGAGAGACGAGAGCAGAAGCAGCACGACCGUGAAGAAGAGAUCGUGUGAUGCUAUGGCCAAGAUCAGAAGCGAUGGUGCAACGGUGAUGACCAAGAAGACUAGUAGGAAAAUUCUUCCCGAGGAUGAAGACUACAUAGUGUUCUGUUUCAGAGAGGAUGGCGCAUUCGAUGUCAUCAAGGAUAACCACGACAAGUCGUCGGCAUCGAUGUCGGUGUCGGCUCAGCUUGAUGGCGCAAACUUGACUGCUCCAAGGCCCGUCAUCCGAGAGCUUGAUCACAGUGAGAGGGAAACAGUAAGGAACGAAGUCGUCAAGAAUACUCGGUCUAAAGAUGAAGGGAAUGGAUCGAGAGGCGAUGAGGAAUGCGUAAGCUCGAAUAAGAAGGACAAGAAAGAAGGAAGCAACAUCCGAAAGGAGACGACGGAACGAACAGACUCCAUUAAAUCAGACGGUAGCGGCCGCGGCUCUUUCUCCUUCCCCGUAUUAAGGUGGGAAUGGAUGGGAAGUCCAGUGCAAAUGCCAAAGCCAGAGGGGAAGGGACUGCCAUACUUGAAGAAGCAAAGAGUUCCACGAGUCCGCUUUCAGUGCUGUAGAUUUUGAGAAGUCGGCCUUUCGUUUCAAUUAUUUUUUUUUUCAAUUUUCCUUUUUCUUUGUUUUGUUUUUGUUUUUCAUUCGGAAUUUAGGAGAAUUAUUAGAAAUACUUGUUGGUGUACGAACUUAUUCAAGCAAGGGUUACAUUGAAAUCUCGAGCAAGCUCUAUCUUAAUGUC